AAGGAAGCAAACGCAACUGACCUGUGCUGGGCUAAGCUCGCAGUCCGCCGCGGCGCCAAUGAUCUAGAAUGCCUGUCAGUCACGGAUUCCAAUACGAACUUGGCCUAUUCGUCCAGGCACUUCCAUCCGUGUGGAAAGUCCUAGGUGUGGCCAAGCUGGCCGACUCUGCGUGGGCGACUGCUCGUCGGGUUAUCGUGGAACAGACAGAUGGGAAGCAGGAGAGCUACUUCGUCAAGGUCUCAUUUGGCUAUGAUGGGAGGGAGGCGCUCAAGGGCGAGUACGAGUCCAUCACCGCCAUCCACGCCAUCAGUCCAGGUCUUUGCCCCCAACCCAUCACAUGGGGCACUUUCCAGAAUGACGACAGUGCGCACUUUUAUGUGUGCAAGUUUUACGACUUCGACCUGGAUGCCCUCCCGCCAAGGGAGCUAUUCUGCAAGAAGCUGGUUCUCCUGCACUCAAGGCAUACGUCCCCGGAGGGAAAGUUCGGUUUCCACUGUGUGACAUACGACGGAAAUAUCCCGCAGGAUAACACGUGGUGCGACAGCGGGGAGAUCUUUUUCUCGCGAGGGCUCAGACAUGUGCUGAACGUGCGUGAGGAACGGGCCGGCCCGGACCCGGAGCUCAACGCACUUAUUCCCGGGAUUUUCGACAAGGUUAUCCCCCGACUGCUGUGGCCCCUCGAGCUUCUGGGCUCAUAA